AUGAAUCCUUCAUAGGUAGAAAUUAAUUAACGGGAAACAGAAAAAGAAGUUAAGUUAUAGAUUAAUUCUUUAGUUUAUAAAUGAAGUUAUCAGAAUUUGCAUUUUUAAUUGCGCUUGCUAAUUUUACAUGAUAAUCUUUAGUUGCAAAUUAAUCUGGUUAUUUGAUUCUAAAUAUGUAAUAAUAUUUGCUUGGUUCAUGGAUCUGGCCUCUUUUAUUAUUAUAAUGCUCGAUAAGAAUAUGACAAAGGUUUUGUCUGUGGUUAAUUUUGUAGAGAAAGUAUUGAGCAUAUCUUUUAAAGUAAAAUAAUUUAGUAUAAGAAUAUAAGAUAACGAUAGUGAUCCACUUUGAAGUUUAAGAAAUGAGGCUCUUCUACAUUCCAACGGCUCAUUUAUUUAUUACCACUGGAUUAUUUCUUUUUUCUGUUCUCAACCAUGACGCAUCUAAAAGGAAGCAUAUCAUUGUACUAUAUUAUUCUAUUAAUUAGAUUGCACACUCUUACUCUGUUCUGUAUGCUAUAUAAUUACUACUGUUAUCCUUAAAGUGGAACAACCUAUUUGAAUACUCUUAUUAUUAAACAUUCAUUAUAGCAUGGACUGGCCUUGGAAUCAACACAUUCCUAAUAGUACUGCUAUUGAUAACCAUGGUAGAGAAUUGUUUCCUUAAAAACAUCCCUUAAAUAAAUGGUAAAAUAAUAAUGUUAUUAAGGAACAAUCAUAUUUUGGUUUAUAUAUUACAUUUUGGGAUUAACAAUACCUCCUUUCUUUCAAUUAAAAACAAUUUGUGAAUUUUAUGAAGGAGACUCUAAAUAAAGUAAUAUUUAAUUGGCAUCUAUUAUGAUAUUAGUCUGUGUUCUAAUAUAUCUCUUUAUAUUUAUUUUCUUUACUUUAAGAAUUAAGAAAUAAUUGAUGUAUAAUACUUUUAUUACUUUAGUGGUGUACUGCAAUUAGAUCAUAGGUAAAAUACGAUACCAAAAACAUCACCAAAAGGUUCCUCCUCAAAAAAAUGGAGAAAGUUAAAAAUUCCAAUCAUGUUCAUUAGGAUAUCCGCAUCCUAUUAUAAAAUGCUUACUAGAUAAUCAACUGUGGACACUAGUACUCGUAAUACUAGUUCAAUUCCUAUCUGCAGUGAUGUAUUAAGACCAGAUUCAAUUAACUUUAGGCAAUCGCCAUAUUAAGCAAUAGUGAAAUAAAUGAAAAAGAAACCGAAGAAUCAAGAUUCAGGAGAUUGUUGUUUGAUUUGUUUUGAAAAUGAACCCGAUGUUGUAUUACAUCCAUGUAAUCAUGGAGGUAUUUGUAAUAAUUGUUCUGAAAACCUUAUAAAAACAACAAAGCAAUGUUUUCUUUGCAGAUCAGAUAUUAAAUAUGCAUUAAAAAUUAAUUAAAAAGAGGGAGAAAUGUUAGAAGCUACUGAUGUAUAAAAAGUUUGA